AUGACUCUGACUGUACGUUCGUCGAAGAACGAAGGCCGCGAAGGUGCAGUUGUAGCCGAGGUUGUCCAGCGAAAUCUCCAAAGGGACAAGGCAUGUGGUGAAGACUCUUGUUUUGCUGAUCUUCACGACUACCUUUUCACAGAAAAAGAGAUCCUCUACCAUAUGCCCUACAUGCAUGAACGCGAAAUGCUUCGGGCGUCUCAAUAUUUCUAUGAACAAAUGAGACUUCGUCGAAGUGUACGAAGUUUCAGCACCAGAGCCGUGCCUCUGAAAAUCGUGCAGAACAUCAUAAAGACAGCAGGUCGUUGCUCGCCAAGCGUUGCUAAUGCUCAGCCUUGGAAAUUUUGUGUGGUCGUCAGCGAUGAGCGAAAAGCCGAUAUUCGUGCUCUUGUCGAAGCUGAUGCUCGGGAAAACUACGUACGUCGAAUGGGCGAAGGAACCGAAUGGGUUAUGAGAGUUUCGCAAUUGCAAGAAACAUGGAAACGACCAUACCUUACUGACGCACCUGUUCUACUAGUUGUUUGCCAUGAGGUAAGAGUCUAG